CUGCGCUCCGCUCGCUCGCCUCGCUGUCAUGCAGGUGGAAUUCAGUCCAGCAGUCGUGUGAUUCGAGCACAUCAGGACAGACAUUCAGUUUGGAGAGAUCUCCUGUCCAAACCUGACUUCAUCUCCGAGCAUCACAUCCACAGUUUACCUGAUCAUGGUCACGGCAUUUUCAGCACAGCCAAGGAGAUUGAACAGCACGCAGAUCGCAUAGAUUUGAGCGACGAAUCUUCAGAGAGACUCGCAUCAUGCUCAGGUGGUCUGUCUUUCCCACUGAAGGAGAGCAUAUAGGCUGCAUUUGGGAAAGAAAACAGUCGUGUGAAUGUUUAGAAUAUUAAUCAGAUCUUUUUUAUAAUCAUGGAGGAGAGCAAUACCUGUGAAUCAGUCCCAGAUUUAAAGGAUCUGGAGUUGAAAGUGGGGAGAAAGACCCCAGAGGGGCUCUUGAAAUGGAUGAGAGAGGAGCACAAAAUGAUCUCUCAUCAUCAGACUGACAAUAAUGAGACUGAGAAGAAGGGCCUGGAUGAGAAGAUCCGAAAACUUAAAAUGGAGAUGGCUCAUCUACGAGCAGCAGAUGUCAAGAUCUUGAACCAGUUGCUAGCACUUCAUGAGGGCAUCGAGGCAGUGAAAUGGCUUGUGGAAGAGCGUGGUGCACUCACCAGUCGCUGCAGCAGCCUGACCAGCAGUCAGUUCAGCUUAGGGGAGGGUCCCGACACCUCAUGGAGGAGCAGCUGGAGCAGUCUGCAGGACCCCCAUGACAAGCUGGACAACAUUUCCAUUGGCAGCUAUCUGGACACAUUAGCUGAUGACCUGGAUGAGUACUGCCCCUCUAGUGGGACUGAUUCAAUACUCUGUGCCACCCCUAUGGGUACUGGAGGAGGAGUGGGAAGUUCCACUGGAUCUGGAACCAGAUCUCAACAAGUCAUGUCCGAUGCCCCUAAAGAAGAUGCUCAGGUUUGGAAUAAAGCAACUUCUGAUACAACGAGACCGUACCAGCCCAACAAGACCAAUGGAAUCCUGGACAAAGCAGUGAAGCAAAUGGUCAGACCAGAUUCACCCAGGGCUUGUCUCGCUGAGAAGCUGGGGAAGAAUCUGAGCCCUAAAUUGAAACCCUACAAGAAUGGCAAAGUUGAGUUGGAGAGCUGCAAAAUGAAUGGCAAAGUUCAACUGGAGUAUGACGCACACUGGCGUUGGGUGCAGUCACAGGAUGAUGUGACGUUUUUGUGAUAAUAUAUGCAUGAUCAAGCCAAAGGUGUUGAUGGGAGACUGCUCUGGUUCUCUGUUCACCACUGAGCUUUUGUUUGUAGACUUUGAUCUUUGAUUAAUUUGAGGCCAGCUUCUCUGAUCUCCUGAAAGGACAGAGGUUAAGAGGUCAGCAACAGAAAAGAAUCAGGAAUGGAUGGAAAGAAGCUUAGACCCGUGGGGAGUCAGAGUUUAAAAAUCCUGAAUUAAUGACAGUUUACUCUGUCAGGUUAUGUAGAUGUUUAGAAAUGCAUGCUUCAAAUGUAGAUUUCAUAUGAGAUCAUAAUCUUUUCUUUUCUUUUCAGCACAACUAUUUAUUGAAUCAGUAAUUCAGGACUUUAUUUAAUAUGUCAGUAGAUACAUUUCAUUUAAAUGAUGUAGUUUCAAUUCUAUGUGCUUAGAUCAUUUUAAAACAGUUCUCAGAAACAAUCAAAAUAUUGUGAACUAUUAUUACAAUUGAAAGUAACUGUUUUCUAUUUCAACAUAUUUUAAAAUGUAUUUAUUUAUGUGAUGGCAAAG